ACGUGCCUGGAUUGGCUGGCGACUGUGGGAAACGCGGGCUCUCCUGAGACUCACAUAUCUGAUGAAAGGCUCUGACGUAUAAGUAGAGGCUGUCAGUGWCUGCCAGAGCAUGGUGCUGUACCCRGCGUGGACGGCUCUGCCCAGGACUGAGCGCUAAGAAUGGCCCCCAGCAGCUCUCUCAUGAUCUACGUGGAGGAGAAACUGCUGCCAAAAGAGAAGAAUAAACUCAGGAAGCCGGUGGUGGAAAAAAUGCGCCGUGACCGGAUUAACAGCAGCAUCGAGCAGCUCAAGCUGCUCCUGGAGAAGGAGUUGCAGCGGCUGCAGCCCAACGCCAAGCUGGAGAAGGCCGACGUCCUGGAAGUGACUGUCAGCUACCUGAAGCAGCAGAGCCAGCUGCAGCGCCCAGCGCUCACUCACAAGAAUCCAGAGCAGGACUUCAACAGCGGCUACCUCAGGUGCCUCAAGGAAGCUCUGCAUUUUCUGUCCUACCACGAACCGAAGAAGGCAGCUCACACCCAGCUAAUGAAGCAUUUCUGCCAAGUCCAGAUGGGUCCAGGUGUCUUGCGCUCUGGUGCUCCACAGCGGCUGCCCCUGUCGCCCUGUCUGCAAGCCGGGAAGCAGCCGGCCCAGAAACGCGCGGCUGCUCCUCCUGCCAUCUGGAGACCCUGGUCCACCAGCUGA